AUGGAAGAUGGCACGAUUUGGAUUAUGUAUAACCACUGUCCAGAAGGCGACGAGUACGUGAUGAAUGAAGAAUAUCGUAAGGGCCGUGUUGGCACUUACUACAUCGGCUGCGAGGCUCAUUUCGUUCACUUUGACCCCGCCGCGGGUAGACAGAUUGGCAAUGAGGUUGUCUUUGCCGAUUUCGAGGCCUAUCCGCAGCAGCGGAAUCAGGGGUUUUUCGUACACGGCCCUAACGAUGGGGAGCACGCCAACUGUAUCGUGCUCGGUAUCUGGGCCGCACAAUGCAAGACGACAGAAGAUGUGUGCCUGUGUACGAACGACAAGUGCGGAUUUGACACUAGUAAGAAUAGGGGGUGUAACGCAGGUUGGCGUGGGAAAGUAGGGGCGACAUACUGUCAGAAUGAGGGGUGGCUUGGCGGAGUGAACGGGACAGGGUGGUCGUGCGGGACACAUAAAAAGAACGUUGGCACACUGAAUGCGCCUGUGAACGCAGGCCAAACUCCCGGAAAGCUGUAUCUGGUGAAGCUGACGUCGAGCGGGGAGCUGAUUUAUUCCAAAGAAGCAUUCUACUUUGACGGAGAGCAAAACGAAGGUACGGGCGACUUUUUUGGAAAACUCGCUAGAUUCACUGACCCUGUUCUGAAGACCGAGGUUGAGGACUGGGUCUACGGCUGGCUCUUCUCGACGAACAUGGGCAACAUAUGCGACUACCACUGGGGUUGCCAGGGGAAAAUGUAUCGCGCCACGGACGGUGAAGUGGUAGAAUCUCGGCUGUGGUGCUCGCACUGCAACGGCCGAAGUCUGGGCUUCGAUGACGAAAACAAGAAUUUCGGCUUCAGCUGUGGAACGGACGGUGGUCCAGGGGUCUUCUUCAACGGUCAGAAGGUUACUGGGCGCGGCCAGACCGAAAACAUCAACACAUCUAAAGAUAACACACAUCGAGACAACCACCCUGCCGUGUCACAUUUCCGUGGGGACGUCUGGUUGAUUUUGUAUAGGUACAUUGCAACCGAGUACGACAGUGAGCCUGCAGACCUCAGACUGCUUCAGUGGGACACGAAACAGAAGAAGAUUCUUUUUUCUAAGGUCAUGACAGAGACGCCGGAAGUUUCUGAAGGAGGCAACCACCAUCUCGAAAAGUUUGGAGAUCACACGUGGCUCAUGGCUUGGUCUGGAGGAGGCCGAUCUUACGCGGCAGAAAUUGACGCGUGGGGAAAUUACUUGGGCGAAAUCGUGGACAUCACCGACUACGCCACGUGGGGAUCUCAGACAGGCUGGUGGAGGUGGAGGAACGGAGAUAUCGGCUUUGUGGGGGCGUGGGAUUGGCAGCCCAGUCCGUAUGAAGGAGAGAGGCUGAUGAUGAAGACGCCAGACUGGAAUCCGAGAAAAAGCCUCAACAUUCUACGUAUCACCGGCUCGUAUAAGCCAGGGGACUGCAUCGGGAAAUUUUUGCCCGUCGACACAAAAUGUAACAAAUGCUGCGAGAUGAGGGAACGGUACACAGUAGAGGUAACCGCAGAUGGAGGCAGAAAGUGUCCUCUCGAAGAUGGAUAUAUCCGAACCACUCCAUGCAAGGGAGGCGAAUGCCCGAAACUGACACCGGAACAGGCGGAGCAAGCAUACACCGAGGAUAAGCAGGGCAUCGACGCCAGUCUUGGCAUUGACGGCAAGAUGGACACAACGGCUGUGAGUUGGACCAAGUGGGGUUACGGCGGGCAUACCUGGUACAAGGUGCAACUCAAAGCCCCUAGUGUAGUCUCUGGAGUUAACUUCUUCACAGACAAGCAGCACCAGCAAAAAUUCGGGCUUUCUGUCCUUUUCUACGACUCAAAGAAGGAGCUCAUUGGGCGUUGCUACAUAAACCUUAACAACCUGCCUAGCGGGAGCGACAAGGAAGAGCCAGUGGACGAACGGGCGUGCACUGGGUUGCAGAUGUAUGGGGUGAAGACUGUGAUGUUCAUUCCAACUCAAGGAUUCGUCUGGGAUUACCUCUACGUGCGUGAAAUACACAUAUUUGGUAAACCGUGCAACUGUUAA